CUGCGGGUUACAGAUGAGAUCAUCAAUUUUUUCCUCAACUGAUAAACCCUAACAGCUGUUGUUUGAAUUGGUAUAACUCUUGCUGUCUGUACGAGCACGGGUUCGGAUUGAGAUCGCCAAUGGCGUUCCGGUCUCGAGAAAUGAUGAAGAAACUUGUUAAGAAAAUCGGCGGCGAGAAAACUUUGGCACCGGGAGUUAAACAAGAGUUGAAAAAAUCGCUGCCUGAUAGGAAGGUCGUGAUGGGACGCGCUCAUCGGGGUUUGUACGCUGGCCGACAUAUCCAGUUUGGAAAUCGCGUCAGUGAGGAUGGAGGAAACAAGACAAGGAGAUGUUGGAAGCCAAAUGUGCAGGAGAAGCGGCUCUUCAGCUAUAUCAUGGAUCGUCAUAUCCGUGUUAAGGUAACUACCCACGCCCUGCGCUGCAUAGACAAGGCUGGUGGAAUCGACGAGUACUUGCUGAAGACACCAUACCAUAAGAUGGACACAGAAAUGGGACUUUAUUGGAAGACCAAGAUUGAGCAGAUGUAUGCAGACCUCGGGGAGAUGGAGGUUGUGUUCUUUUCUCCAGAGGACGAGGCCAACUUUGAGAAACAAUUCGAAGAGCUCAAACUAGAAAAGAAGGCCAUACGUAGGGAGACCAGGAGAAAGAUGUACGGCACAUCAGCCAAACAAGAGCCAGUAGCAGAAGUAGAAGAUGUUGUUGGGCUAGCCGGAAGAGAAGAUUCUAGACAUGAAGAUAGCUCUCACACCGGCUACCAUGAACCUAUAGUGGCAAAUGCUUAAAUAUGGACGCGAUGCAUAUGUGCCUUCUGCGUCGGAAAAAUCAAAGAUGUUUGUUAUUGUUAGAAAGUCCGAAGCACAAGUUAAGUUGAGUGUUGAUUCUAAUUUUGUGGGUUCUGAUUUUUGGUUGCUUUCUUCAGUUAUAUGUAUGUUUUGGAAUUGGACAAGUCCCUUACAGUGUUUAGGCUACAAGCUCAGUAGGGCAAUACCCUUUUCUCCUAACUCCUGCUUGGCAAUGAAAGAGUCAUCCUUUCUAUGUU